AUGGAUGGUAUUGAAAGGCCAGUUGGAAGGCCAAUUGUGGAACUAAAACACCAACAAAACACAGCUAUGAUUUUUGUGUAUAUUUUGUGUUGUGUAAUUCCUUUCUACAUUUGGUGGAAAAUAAGGGAUGGAUUUAGAAUCCAUAAUAUUGAUGACAAAUAUAUAUUGAUCACUGGCUGUGACACAGGAUUUGGAAACCAUGCAGCACGGACAUUUGAUCAGAAAGGGUUUAGAAUUCUCGCAACAUGUUAUACGGAAGAGGGAGCAGCUAAACUUAACGCCGAAACUUCAGAUCGACUAAAAACAAUACAGCUGGAUGUCACUGUUCCAGAAAAUGUAAAACGCGUCUCUGAAUGGGUGGAUGAAAUAGUUGGCAGCAGUGGACUCUGGGGAUUAGUAAACAAUGCUGGAAUUAUGGGUACUCUUGCUCCAAUGGACUGGCUGACCUUAGAAGACAUUAGACAACCAAUUGAAGUUAAUUUAAUAGGAUUGAUACAUGUAACACUGGCUUUGCUUCCCUUGAUUAAGAAAGCUAAAGGUCGUAUAGUUAACAUAUCCAGUGUUGGUGGCAGAGUGGCAGCAAGCGGCGGUGGCUAUUUUUCAUCUAAAUAUGGUGUUGAGGGAUUUAAUGAUAGCCUAAGGAGAGACAUGAAAGCCUUUGGUGUAAAGGUCUCAUGUAUUGCACCUGGAUUAUUUAGAACGCCUUUGUCAGAUCCACAAACCGUUAUAAGUCAGCGUAUUCAAAUUUGGCACAAGCUUCAACAAGAUAUUAAGGAUCAGUAUGGCGAAAAUUAUAUUGCAGUAGAUGCAAAGAAGAAGGAAGUACUUAACAAGCGCAUAAAAAACAGUGAUCUUUCCCUGGUUGUAUGGUGUAUGGAACAUGCCCUGACAAGCCAACAUCCAAGGACUCGAUACACUAUUGGCACAGAUGCUACAUUCCUCUGGAUACCAUUGUCUUAUAUGCCAACUUGUAUUCAAGACUAUGUGAUUUUGAAAAACAAAGUAACAAUACCAGUUACUAAUUAUAAGACGUAAAUUGUUUUUUUUUUCUGCCUCUCAAAUAUAAAUGGAUCUAAAUUUUUGAAAUAAAAUAAAAAAGUGCACCAAAUAUUCAUACCAUCAACAGAGUUUAAAUUGUCAAGGUCUGUAUAACUAACCAUUACAUUACUAAACAGGGUGUAAAAGUUACUAGCCUCUGCAAGUCUGGAGGGACCAAAAAUCAUAUUUUAGAGUUGAAUUUCUACCAGAGCAGAAUUUUAACUUGCCAAUGGCUAGUGGUGAUUGGAUAUGUUAAGCCCUGCCAUUACCACUGAUCUAUUGAGGGUGUAUUAUCACAUUUUUAAAUCUGUUUGACAGGACAUCCUCUCUUGGUGAAAUUGAUGUUUAGUUAGAAGGUUAUUUAUUUCUGUUAAAAUUUACCAUUUUGGUGCUCCCCUAUUGAUCAGAAGAUUCCCUUUCUCUUUAAACUUCAACUUUAUAAAGUGCAUUUAUUAAGAGUGAUUGAAUUAAGCGAUCACUCCCGCAUUAUCGCAUCAUUAGGGCUGACAGAUUUUUAUUACAAUACAAGGUACAUUUUUGUUGCAUAAUACCACA